AUGGAGGAGUUGUACACCCUUGAGAGGGAAGUGGGACGAGGCAGCUACGGGGUGGUUUUCCAGGGCCACAUGGCCCGAACAGGCCAGCGGGUUGCCAUAAAACACCUGCCCUGCAGUAGCCCAGAGUGCAUCGAGCUUUACCUCCAGGAGCUGUGGGCCAUGAGAGCUACGGCCAAGAUCCACCCCAACGUCAUCGCCCUCCAUGGCUGCCUGCUGCAGACUGGACCCAAGACCCUGCAGCCCCUCAGGCCAGGCAGGCUGCCUCUGAACCUGGUGGAGAGCGCCCUGAAGGGGAGUGUGGUGGGGGUAGAGCACAACCAGGAGGAGAAAAUGACAAAUUCACACUCAUCUCAGUCUAAAACUAAGAACAGAACUAACUCAGGUGGUCUCUUCAGGUACAGAACCAAGGACAGAUUGAGGACUAACUCAGAGUCCGACAUCUUCAGGUCCAAAUCCCAGGAGAGCACUAACUCAGACUUGUCCAGGUCUAAAAGCAAGAAAAGAACUAACUCUGACUUGUCCAUGUCCAAAACGCCUGUGAGGACAAAUUCUGGCCUCUCCAAGCCCAGAAAGAGACCAGCCCCCAGAAGAGAGAAGGAGAACCGUGGUCCCAGGCGCUGCUUGGCCCUGUGGCUGGUGAUGGAGUACUGUGAUGGGGGAGACCUGAACCACUACCUGCUGUCCAGACCUCCAGACAGCCAGCGGAACCACAGCGUGGUCCAACAGCUCAGCUCAGCCAUGGCCUUCCUCCACCGCCUCCGCAUCGUACACAGAGACCUGAAGCCAGACAACGUGCUGGUCUCUCUCACCCCUGACGGGCCUCUCGUCAAGGUAGGUGCACCGACUGAACACUUCAGUGUUACUACGGUCCUUACUGAAAAGUAUGAUGACAGACUGUAAGAAAAGUAAUACUAAAAGGGUGAAAGGUUCCUUGGCUAGUACACUACAUGAACCAAAGUAUGUGGAGACCUGCUCGACAAACGUCUCAUUCCAAAAUCAUGGCCAUUAAAUGGAGUUGGUCCCCCCCCUUUGCUGCUAUAACAGCCUCCACUCUUCUGGGAAGGCUUUCCACUAGAUGAUGGGAACAUUGCUGCGGGGGACUUGCUUCCAUUCAGCCACAUGAGCAUUAGUGAGGUCGGGCACUGAUGAUGGGCAAUUAGGCUUGAUUCGCAGUCGGCGUUCCAAUUCAUCCCAAAGUUGUUCGAUGUGGUUGAGGUCAGGGCUCUGUGCAGGCCAGUCAAGUUCUUCCACACCGAUCUCGACAAACCAUUUCUGUAUGGACCUCGCUUUGUGCACAGGGGCAUUGUCAUGCUGAAACAGGAAAGGGCCUUCCCCAAACUGUUACCACCAUGUUGGAAGCACAGAAUAGUCUAAAAUGUUGUUGUAUGCUGUAGCAUUAAGAUUUCCCUUCACUGGAAAUAAUGGACCUAGCCCGAACCAUGAAAAACAGCCCCAGACCAUUAUUCCUCCUCCACCACACUUUACAGUUGGCACUAUGCAUUGGGGCAGAUAGCGUUCUCCUGGCAGCCGCCAAACCCAGAUUAGUCUGUCGGACUGUCAGAUGGUGAAGCGUGAUUCAUCACUCCAGAGAACACGUUUCCACUGCUCCAGAGUCCAAUGGCGGCGAGCUUUACACCUCUCCAGCCGACGCUUGGCAUUGCACAUGGUGAUCUUAGGCUUGUGUGCGGCUGCUCGGCCAUGGAAACCCAUUUCAUGAAGCUCCCGACAAAGUUCUUGUGCUGACAUUGCUUCCAGAGGCAGUUUGGAACUCGGUGGUGAGUUUUGCAACCGAGGACAGACGAUUUUUACGCGCUUAGUGCUUCAGCACUCGGCGGUCCCGUUCUGUGAGAUUGUGUGGCCUACCACUUCACGUCUGAGCCGUUGUUGCUCCUAGAUGUUUCCACUUCACAAUAACAGAACUUACAGUUGACCGGGGCAGCUCUAGCAGGGCAGAAAUUUUACGAACUGACUUGUUGGAAAGGUGGCAUCUUAUGACGGUGCCACGUUGAAAGUCACUGAGCUUUUCAGGAAGGCCAUCCUACUGCCAAUGUUUGUCUAUGGAGAUUGCAUGGCUGUGUGCUCGACUUUAUACACCUGUCAGCAACGGGUGUGGCUGAAAUUGCAGAAUCCACUAAUUUGAAGGGGUGUCCACAUACUUUUGUAUAUAUAUAUAUAUAUAUAUAUAUAUAUAUAUAUAUAUAUAUAUAUAUAUAUAUAUAGUGUAUGUUUUUAACAGCCGAAGACAUGGAUGGGUUAAUUUAAAUCCUGAUCUUGAUACUGUAAUAAUAUUCACUGUCUUUCACUUUGUUUUUCCAUUCCACACUACCUCCUUCUAGGUGGCUGACUUUGGCCUGAGCAAGAUGAGUGUUGAGGGGGACCUGGGGAUGGAAGGAGACACUAGUCUGACCAGACAGCACUUCUCCUCUACGUGUGGCUCUGACUUCUACAUGGCUCCAGAGGUGUGGGGCGGCCUCAGCUACACGGCCCAGGCAGACAUCUUCUCCCUAGGGGUGAUGUUCUGGGCCAUCCUGGAGAGACUCACCUUCCUGGAGGAGGGCUCCACACAGGAACAACUGGGUGAGUUGGGGAGGGUGGGAGGGCUCCACACAGGAACAACGGGGAGGGUGGGAGGGAUCCACACAGGAACAACGGGGAGGGUGGGAGGGCUCCACACAGGAACAACGGGGAGGGUGGGAGGGCUCCACACAGGAACAACUGGGUGAGUUAGAGAGAGGGAGGGAGGGAGGGAGGGAUCCACACAGGAACAACUGGGUGAGUUGGGGAGGGUGGGAGGGCUCCACACAGGAACAACUGGGUGAGUUGGGGAGGGUGGGUGGGAGGGCUCCCAGGAACUGGGGUUGGGGGAGGGUGGGAGGGCUCCACACAGGAACAACUGGGUUGGGGGGGGAGGGCCACACAGGAACAACUGGGUGAGUUGGGAAGGGUGGGAGGGCUCCACACAGGAACAACUGGGUGAGUUGGGGAGGGUGGGAGGGCUCCACACAGGAACAACUGGGUGAGUUGGGGAGGGUGGGAAGUAAAGCUGGGAAGUGCCAGGGACCUCUCGAUACUUAUGUGUUGCGAUUCAAUGCUGUGAUUUAUUGCGAUUCGAUGUUCCAAACCUAUUGCUCUGCACAUUGAGUAUAGAAAACAUUAAGAACACCUUUCUAAUAUUGAGUUGCAGUUCUUGACACUCAAAACGGUGCGCCUGGCACCUACUACCAUACCCUGUUCAAAGGCACUUAAAUCUCAAUUGUCCCAAGGCUUAAAAAUCCUUCUUUAACCUGUCUCCUCCCCUUCAUCUACACUGAUUGAAGUGGAUUUAACAAGUGACAUCAAUAAGGGAUCAUAGCUUUCACCUGGUCAGUCUAUGUCAUGGAAAGAGCUCUGUGUUCUUAAUGUUUUGUCCUCAGUAUAUAUGUCUGCUGCAGAGGGACAGGAGAGCCAUGAUUUAACAGGUUUUGAUCAGUUAUGGAAAUGAAAAACAAAAAAAGAAGAUGGAGAACAAACUAUGAAAGAAAAAUAUUGGAGUUUUGGUGCAGCCGACUAGCACUGGGAUAUUGUCAAAAUGAUAGUAAUAUCCGGAUAUGUAACUGUAUUGAUUUUAUCUGUGUUGUAUUUGUGUGUGUGUGUGUGUGUGUGUUGUAUCUGUGUGUGUGUUGUAUUUGUGUGUGUGUGUGUGUGUGUGGUGUAUUUGUGUCUCUGUGUGUGUGUGUGUGUGUGUGUUGUAUUUGUGUCUGUGUGUGUGUGUGUUGUAUUUGUGUGUGUGUGUGUGUCGUCUCGACCCGUGGUGCCCUAUGCUAAACUCAUCUAUGUUGAAUAUCUGUAAGAAAACGAUGUCUAGGGAGGUUGGUUAUUUCCUAGAUUCAGAGGGGUUAGUUAUGCAAAGCCCUGAAUAUGAACGCUCUGCUGUUAUUUUGGCUCUUCUGAGGAUGAUGACGUCGUAUAAAUCAGACUGAUUUAAUUCCGAGUAGCUCUGUUGGACGGAAACACUGCUACAGAAAAUACCUUCCUUCCCCACCUCGUUUGAAGUGUGUUAUUAAAACCUGAAUGGAAACGGCCCUGUUACCGGAGGGAAUACUGGAUUUGAAUAUAAAACGGGAAACCAGGGCUCCAUUAUGUUGCCCCGUGGUCUGGUGGGUAAGUUAGGGAGGGAGGGAGACUUCCCAGGCUGGUAAAGUAGUGGCACAUUACUCCCCUGCCUCCUUUAGUUUAGUCUUCCCAGAGCCCAUGGAUGGAUGAUAGUUCUGCUACAGUCAUUAUUACAGUUGGUCAUGUUCUCCUGGUUGAAGGAUCAAGUUGAUGGCUUGUCCACCUUCAGGAAACAGCAGAGGGUGCACCCCCCGUAUCCACAUCGACGGGACCGCAGUGGAGAAGGUGGAAAGCUUCAAGUUCCUUGGCGUACACAUCACCGACAGACUGAAAUGGUCCACCCACGCAGACAGUGUGGUGAAGAAGGCACAACAGUGCCUCUUCAACCUCAGGAGGCUGAAGAAAUUCAGCUUGGCACCUAAAACCCUCACAAACUUUUACAGAUGCACAAUUGAGAGCAUCCUGUCGGGCUGUAUCACCGCCUGGUACGGCAACUGCACCGCCCGCAACCGCAGGGCUCUCCAGAGGGUGGUGCGGUCUGCCGAACGCAUUAUCGGGGGGCAAACUACCCGCCAAAAAGAUUAUCAAGGACACCCGAGCCACUGCCUGUUCACCCCGCUAUCAUCCAGAAGGCGAGGUCAGUACAGGUGCAUCAAAGCUGGGACCGAGAGAAUGAAAAACAGCUUCUAUCUCAAGGCCAUCAGACUGUUAAAUAGCCAUCACUGGCACAUUAGAGGCUGCUGCUGCCUAUUGAAAUCACUGGCCACUUUAAGAAAUGGAACACUAGUCACUUUAAUAAUGUUUACAUAUCUUGCACUACUCAUCUCAUAUGUAUAUACUGUAUUCUAUUCUAUAAUAUUCUACUGUAUCUUAGUCCAUGCCGCUCUGUCAUUGCUUGUCCAUAUAUGUAUAUACUCUUAAAUUCCAUUCCUUACUAGAUUUGUGUGUAUUGGGUAUAUGUUGUGAAAUUGUUAGAUAUUACUUGUUAGAUAUUACUGCACUGUCGGAGCUAGAAGCACAAGCAUUUCGCUACACCCGCAAUAACAUCUGCUAAACACGUGUAUGAGACAAAUAAAAUGUGAUUUUGAUUUGUUGAUGGUUGUUGGUCCAAAAUACAAAGAUUGUAGUCUCACAGACAGUAAUACUGAUAUCUGUCCUGUACCUGUGUCUGCCUACAGGUGCGUACGUGUGUAAGGCCCGCUGGCUGAUGCCCCUGGGCGAGGCGUUGUGUGAGAACCCGGACCUCCAGGUGUGUAUCCCCAUGAAGUCCCGCCGCGCCCCACCUCUACCGCCCCCUCCUGGCCAGGCUGUCUGCACCCUGCUACUGGACAUGCUGGCCUCCGACCCUGACGCCCGGCCCACCGCCGCCCAGCUGGAAGACGGGGUCCGCUCUGCCAUGGAGGAGGACUCGCGGGUAGCAUCCCAGAUGGCAACCUAGUCCCCUUCAUAGCGCACUACUUUUGACCAGAGCCCCCUAUAGGAUAUUUGUCAAAAGUAGUGAGCCAUAUAGGGAUAUGGACCCUGGUCAAAAUAAGUGAAAUAGAUGGGGAAUAGGGUGCCAUUUGGGAUGCAGUGAUGGUGACAGGGCAUCUAUAUCCAAAGCUACUCAUAUUCAGUCUCAUCUACUAGCUGUAGGAGGGACCACGAGGGAGUUGAACCCACAACCUUGGGUUGGUGUUGCCACGCUAACUAA